GCGUGGGCGUGGCUUGCUCUCACAGGGUUGUGGCGUUUUACGCUCCGAGGAGUAGAGCUGCGUCUGUCACGACCACAAAGAGGACCCGUCCCAGUAACUGUUGUGUUAAAAUUAGGGAUGCUCCACGCGGAGGAGGAAUAGAAUAGAAACAUAAACUCGUCGCACUAGAUUCCAGCGAAUCUGAAUCUGAUUUUAACCCGGGCAUUUUCCUGUCGGCGUGUCUGAAUGGAGCAGCGGCAGCAGCAGCGGGGUCUCUGUAGCUUGUUCGCCCCUUCCCAGUCCGCAGGCUGUGGGGCUGGGGUCCCCACCGGGCAGCCCUCCAUGCGUUUGUUCAUCACCUCCACCACCGGCAGCCCCGUGGAGCUCACUGUCCCCCGCGGAGAGACUUUGGAGGGUCUGAGGACGCGCAUCUCACAAAAACUUGGACUGCAAAAACACAGGAUCGUCCUCCUGCAUAAACACAGGCACCUGACUGCAGGGAAACUGUUGGACCUGGGUGUAACAGAUGGCAGCAAGCUGACCCUGGUCCCAGCCAUUGAAGCUGGUUUAGUAUGUUCAACCACCAGAGCUGAGAGGACUGCAAUGGACGUGUUGGAAAGUUUAACAGAAGUCCAGAUCAAUGACUUCCUGUCGGGGCGUUCGCCUCUGACUAUUAACCUUGGAAACGGUGCCCAGAUGAUGUAUGUGCAGCUCCAGCUGUCUGCUCAGGAUGUGAAGGAGCUGCAGCAGGAAAGGGACUCGAGGGCUCCGAGCUGCGGCGGGCGUCAGACUGGGCUGCUGAGCCACGCUGCCUCUGCCUCUGCCUCAGCACGACAGUCCAACAGCAUCUCGCAGACCUCCUCGCAGGCCCCGGAGUCUACACCUUCAGUCCAGUGCAGCUCUCAGAAACCCAGGACUCCCUUUAACUCCGCAGCUCACAUUUCCCACUCAUCGGCUGGUCCCCCAGUGAACUGUCACCAUCCCUCAUCUCUGCCUCAUUCCCACUCGGCAUCUCCUCUUUCAGCACCUUCUUUGCCAUCUGGUUGUCCACCUCCCAGCUCUCCUUUAGAAGCAGCCACACCGGUCUGUUCGUCUGGUCCCACCGGCUCCACCUCAGGACCCCCAAGCCCAACACCAGCAUCAACCUUCACAGAGAGCAAUAUUAAUCCUUCAUCCACUGCAGAGGUGCGAAAGCCGCCAGGAGCAGUCAUAGAGAGUUUAGUCAGUCACUCUCCGGGGGUCUUCUCUGGGACGUUUUCUGGGACACUGGCCCCUUGCAGUCAGAGCGGCAUCACUCAUCCUCGACGUGGCAUCGCCAUCAUCCUGCAGAUCCUCAACGACCUCCUCAGCGCCGCCUGCCACCACCAGAGGGCUCCAGCGGCUCCUCCUCUACCUCAUUGUUCUGCUUCAGACGUCCUCCCGGUCAACACGCUGCUCACGGCGCAGGAGUCCUGCAAAGUCAGGAGACGACCGCCGGUAAUCCAGAGGACAGAGCAGCUCAGUAAAGCUCCAGGUGACGACGGUCACCAGCCACAUACGUCCACUGAGGAAAAUCAGACUCUUCAAAAUAAGCUGGAGCGCCUCCAGUUUUUGUUGCAUCAGAGGCGUCUUCGCAGGCGGACUCGCACAAACUCCCCACAAACCUCCCACCCGUACCAGCAUCGCCACCACCGGCCCUAGCUGAAUGGAAAAGAUCCUCUCACUGUGACAGACAACAGAGCUGACCUCUGAACUUCCGCUGCAGGUGAAACACCUGUGGAGCGCUUUGUUGGUAUUUUCAACACUGUGGGCAUUUCAUGAAAGCGUAAAAGAUCCGUGUAGUCUGAUUCCUGUAUCUGUCUCUGUACUGAGCAUGAUAUGUAACCUGAACCUGUCCUUCAGGGACGCCUCCAUUCAGUGUGUAGCAUAAUGUCACAAAAACAUCUACUGUAUAUGUUCAUGUUAGAUGUCUGUGUUUCGUCAAAGAACUCUUUGUGUCUGUUUCUUUGUGUAUUCCAAUGCCUUAUAUUCCUUGAAUGUAAACUGUGUUUUUUGUGUGUUUUUUCGUCCAAAAUAUUUUAAUUAUGCAACGAUUAAAACAUAAACCCAACAAAGGAAACGUUUGCAAAGAAUAAAGGGGAAAAACUUUA